UUCCGCGUCAAACGAGUUAACUGUGCACCGUAGGCUUACUGCGUAUAACGACUAAUCUUAGAAUACAGAAGAAACUCUUGAAGCCUUCAUAAGGCGUAUUUGUUUUCCUUUCAGUAGGCGACCAGAGGCUGAAGGUUAGAGAUGUCUCUGGCGGAUGAGCUCCUGGCAGAUUUGGAGGAGGCCGGAGAUGAGGGUGAGGACGGGUUGUAUGCAGAGGGAGAGGAAGGGGAGAGCGAUGGAGAGGUGGCGCAGGGAAGGACAGAGGCAGGGCUGGAAGACAUCCCAGAGGAGAUGGAGGUGGACUACAGUAAAGCUGAGAGUGUGGCGUCCAUCGCCAAGCUCCGCAACAGCAAACAGUUUUCAGAGAUAAUGGACAAAAUUUCUGUGUACAGUGGAAAACAGCGCAAGAACUCAGAGGUCUCGGGUCCAGUCGAGGCCGACCCAGAAUACAGACUGAUCGUUGCAGCCAAUAACCUCACAGUGGAGAUCGACAAUGAACUCAAUAUCAUCCACAAGUUCACUCGCGACAAGUACUCCAAGAGGUUCCCAGAGCUCGAAUCUUUGGUGCCAGAUUCUCUAGAUUACAUCCGCACAGUCAAGGAGUUAGGAAACAACCUGGACAAGUGCAAGAACAAUGAAACUCUUCAGCAGAUCCUCACUAACGCCACUAUUAUGGUCGUCAGUGUCACAGCUUCCACCACACAGGGGUCACAGCUAAGUGAGGAUGAACUGAAGCAACUGGAAGAGGCAUGUGACAUGGCUCUGGAGCUGAACCAGUCCAAACACAGGAUAUAUGAAUAUGUGGAGUCCAGGAUGUCAUUCAUUGCCCCAAAUCUGUCCAUCAUUGUUGGAGCCUCAACAGCUGCCAAGAUCAUGGGUAUCGCUGGCGGCCUCACUAACCUCUCCAAAAUGCCCGCCUGUAACCUGAUGCUGCUGGGAGCUCAGAGAAGAACGCUGUCUGGCUUCAGCAGCACCUCCCUGCUGCCCCACACCGGCUUCAUCUACCACUGUGAUGUGGUGCAGUCGCUACCACCUGACCUCAGGAGGAAGGCAGCUCGUCUGGUGGCUGCAAAGUGCACUCUGGCUGCCCGAGUGGACAGUUUCCACGAGAGUUCAGACGGCAAGGUUGGCUACGAUCUAAAAGAAGAAAUAGAGAGGAAGUUUGAUAAAUGGCAGGAGCCUCCGCCAGUAAAGCAGGUCAAACCACUGCCAGCCCCGCUGGAUGGACAGAGGAAGAAGAGAGGAGGAAGGAGGUAUCGAAAGAUGAAGGAGCGUCUUGGACUGACUGAGAUCAGGAAACAUGCCAACAGAAUGACUUUUGCAGAGAUUGAAGAUGAUGCAUAUCAGGAGGAUCUGGGCUUCAGUCUGGGUCAGCUGGGGAAGAGCGGCAGUGGGCGCGUCAGGCAGGCUCAAGUCAACGAGGCCACCAAAGCCAGAAUCUCCAAAUCCCUCCAGAGGACGUUGCAGAAGCAGAGCAUGACAUACGGAGGAAAGUCUACAGUCAGAGACCGCUCCUCAGGAACCAGCUCCAGUGUAGCAUUUACACCUCUUCAGGGGCUGGAGAUUGUCAACCCACAGGCUGCAGAGAAGAAGGUGGCUGAAGCUAACCAGAAAUACUUCUCUAACAUGGCGGAGUUCCUCAAAGUCAAAAAGGAAGCUAAGAUGUAAACACACAGCAGACAACACACACCAUCAUCUUGCACAUGGACUGUUGGACUCAACAAUGUUAAAUGUUCAUAUAUUUUGAAAUUCGCUUGACAUUGUGCUUGGUCCUGUAUUUUGGUUUUACUUUUUCGUUUUUCUGUUUUAAUAAAACGUGAAAAUUUCACAA